AAAAAUGGGAUCAGGUGUCCUGCGGCAUAUCCCACCUUCUGGAUUUGUUUGUUCCCUUUGGUGUCAUUUAACUUGUUUCACUGUACCCUGAAACCUUUCCCCUUAUUUUGAAUGUAAGCGUGAGAGGCUCAGCUUGUUGGCUGGUAACAUAUAUACCACAUAUUAGCACAGCAGAGAGAGCAGGAUUUGGCUUGUUAUUGCAGUGGUGAAGACCCAAGAAUGCAUCUGCUAAUUAGCAGUUACAUGAGGGUUUGACAUCAGGUCCUUGUUAGGGGUUGUUGCAUCUGCUGGAACUCACAGGCUUGACUGCAGAGAUCCCACAGUAGAAGGCUGUGGAAGUACUCACCAGGGUAAAUUCCAACAGAAUGAAUCUCCAGACUGUUCAAGUAACUGACAUUUCAGCCUCAAAAGGCACUGUCAACGUUGGAGGCUCCCAGGUUCCCUUCUAUUCCAAAUCUUUGUGCGAUGGCAGUGGCUUUUCUGAUGUACUAAGCUUUGGUUUCCCUCCCAUUUUCUUUCCAAAUGAUCUCUGGAGUAGAGAGGAGUUCCAUAGACAUGAACUGUGACCCUUUGGAUGACCUCCAUAGGUAACAAACCAGGUGCCGGCAUGUUUGACAGUUCCCUUUUCUAAAUUGAAGUUAACGUUGUGAAAAUAAUGGUUACUUCCUGGCAUUGGUAGGAGUUAGGAAAUCUUUGGAUAAACAGAAUGAGCGUGGUUCUUUAUGUUUUUGCUCUAGACAGAAAGCAGCAUGUAUAUUGUGUUUGGACCCAAACCUGACUCCCAUUAAUGUCCUGCAGGACUAGUGUAAGUACGGAGCAGUCUAUAUGCUCUCUCAUCCAGUGUUCAAAAAUAGACUGGUUGAACUCUAACUUUCAAUUUUGUGGAAUUCCCUGCAAAACACCAAGAGCUGUAAUAGAGUUUGGCUAUCAUAUGUGAGCUUUUUUUUCAGUGCCAGUUCUUGGGACAGGUAAAGGAGUGACUCUUGGCCAGAAGACUUGAGUCACCAAGCUGCCAUGCCUGCUGACUGCUUACGUCCCCAGCUGUGUGUGGUUGGGGGGGUGGCGCCCACGUUGGGCACAGUGUGAGUUGCUGCUGAAAGGGCGGAGGAGGUGCCCCUUUGGCUUCUUAUCCCAGGGUGCCUGUCAUGCCCACCUGUCCGUGAGAAAAUAUGGAUGAUUUCGGUAGGCCCUGGAGAAGCUUGUCACGUCUGAUUGUGCUCACCAGCUGGAGUUCCAUUCCCAGACUAGAUGUGUUCAUCAGUGACUUCAGAAACCACAUUCAGCUGUGCUUGGCUGUGCUGAUGGGACAUUCUAACAACAACUGGACUUCUCUCUGCUGCUUCCAGCUGGCCAUCUUUCCUCACCCCUCCAAGCAUCAUGAAAGAAUUCUUUACAUCCUUAAUCUCCUCUCCAUUUCUCCCCCAAAGUGUGCUUUGAUGCUCUAAGAGGGAAGGCAUGGAAGUAUACCAUUGGGGUUCCUGGAGAUGGACUUCCACCAUGCUCAGCUGUUUGAGCAAGCGUAAGGAUCCCUGAUGCCGUUCAUUUGUAUAUUCCUACAGCAUACACCUACCAAGGGCCUUCUAUGUCCCCCAACUUGAGUAGACACAUUGAUGUAUUGGGGCAGGUGGAAACAGAUUCAGGUGGAGAACUAAUUAAGGCUUUCUCCCAGCAGCUGCUCCAGGUGGCCACUGUGGGGAUGUUGGGCAUGAGCCCAGAAUGCAUUAGGGGCCAUAUGACCAAAGGAGGCAGUAGGAGGUAUAGGAGGAGCUGAUCCCCGAGGAAGAGAAUGUAGAGUGGGAAGAUGAGGCUAAAGUUUGAAUCUUGGGGACGUGAGUUGAAGUGAUUCUUAGCACUUCACUGUUGAUGAUUUUAAAUGCAGAAAUUGAGUAAAUAGGAUGUUAUUUCCCAGUUCAGUGUACUGGUUGCCUACAAGAGUGUUUUCCUACCAGGAACAGUCAUAUACAUUUGUUUUAGAAUGCCUGGGACUACAGAACUAUUGCAGUGAUUACUUGCUUUUUUUUUUUUUUAAAGAUUUUAUUUAUUUAUUUGAGAGAGAGAAUGAGACACAGAGAGAAAACAUGAGAGGGGCGAGAAUCAGAGGGAGAAGCAGACUCCCUGCUGAGCAGGGAGUCUGAUGCGGGACUCGAUCCUGAGACUCCAGGAUCAUGACCUGAGCUGAAGGCAGUCGCUUAACCAACUGAGCCACCCAGGCGCCCCAUUACUUGCUUUUCUUAUGGCUCAAGAAUUUAUGUUCCCAGGAAUGUGACCAGUUUAGCCACUAAAGGUUUAGUACAACAGAGGGCUACCCAGAUCCCUCUGUCUAGAUUUGCCUUAGAAGCCAAAGGGAUUAGGAAAGGAAAGCAAGGAGAAUAUAUCAAUCCCAAGAAUUGAAUAGAGCAAAAACCCUAUGGCUCUUGUACUUAAAAUAUCUCAGCCGCACAGCCUCAUCCCCUAUGCUUUAGGAGGGUCGUAUAUGCACGUUACAGGCCCCCCAUAAGCUAGUGCUGGGCAUAGCUGACCUUCUGUGUUCCUCCUUUUUCUUCUGUUCUAGCCCCAACCCAUCAAAAUCUUUUCUGUCCGUCCUGAUGUUUCCAGUCCUGUGCCCUGGAUGUAUGCUCUUGGCUCUUAGAACCCCAGAGAACUUUGCUUUUCCCUCUUAUAUGACCCUUAACUUAGUCUUAACACAUUAGUAAGGGAUUUUGUCUACCAGAUGUGGAUACUUCUUUUUUUUUAAGAUUUUAUUUUUUAUCUGAGAGAGAGAGAGAGAGAAUGAGCAGUGGGGAGGGGCAGAGAGGGAGAGAGAGAGAAAUAGACUCCUUACUAAGCAGGAAGCCCAAUGUGGGGCUUGAUCCAGGACCCGGAGAUCAUGACCUGAGCCGAAGGCAGAUGCCUAACCAACUGAGCCACCCAGGCACCCUCAGAGAAAGGAAGGGCUUUUGUCUGCUCUAGCUCUGGUAUCUCCCAGAUUUAGCCUGGAGUUUCACAGUUUCUGUGUACUUGUAUCCCUUUCACUGAACUGAGGUGCUUAGUCUCCCUGUGAAGAGAGGAUCUCAGCAUAGAUCAGCUAGGGAGUAUUUGACUCUGGGGGCCUGCAGGCUAGUAAUAUAUUAGAAUGCCCAAGAACGACAUCAUAAAGCAAGAGUUCCUUUUGUGGGCCCUGCUCUGUGGCCUCUUGGAAUCUAGAUGCCAUGGAAAUCCCUAAGCAGAGAUUUUCUGUUGGAUGAUCAAAGCAAGGAAUAAAAAUUGAGAAUUUGGAAAAUGUCUCAACAAUUUCAUUACCAGAACAAUACAAGAGUCACUUCUAGCUCGCUGUUGGAUAAUCCAUCAGUGGCGUUCUGUGCGAGAUUCGGGAAAUUUCAGAGGAGAGAUUCUCAGUGUCAGGCAUUUGUGAAGAGAGUCAUAAUGAGUCGUCUUUUUAAGAUGAUUAUGAUUAGCAUCGUCUCACUGAAUGCCUUUUUUGUGGUCUUGUGGACUGAUUAUAGUACAAAAUACAACUUGUUCAGACUUUUUGAGGUCUCUGAGCUGGUCUUUGUGUCCAUCUAUAGCUCCGAGUUCUGCAUGAAGCUCUACGUGGACCCCAUCAACUACUGGAAGGAUGGCUACAACCUGCUGGAUGUAAUCAUUAUCAUCACUAUCUUCAUCCCCUACAGUCUCCGCAGAUUCAAGGGCAAGCACUACCCCUACCUCAACAUUGCUGAUGGCAUGCAGUCCCUGCGUAUCCUCAAGCUUAUCACUUAUAGCCGUGGCAUCCGGACACUCAUCACUGCCGUGGGGCAGACAGCCUACAUCGUGGCCUCCGUGCUCUUCCUGCUCUUCGUCCUCAUGUUCAUCUUCGCUAUCUUGGGCUUCUGCCUGUUUGGACUUCCAGACAGGGGUGAUCAGAAUAACUGGGGGAACCUGGCUGUGGCCUUCUUCACCCUCUUCAGCUUGGCCACGGUCGAUGGCUGGACAGACCUGCAACAGCAGCUGGAUAGUCGCAACUUGGCUCUCAGCCGGACGUUCACCAUCAUCUUCAUCUUGCUUGCCUCCUUCGUCUUCCUCAGUAUGUUCGUGGGUGUGAUGAUCAUUCACACUGAGGACUCCAUCAAAAAGUUUGAGCGGGAGCUGUUGGCGGAGCGGCACAUGACGCUCAUGGAGGAGAAGCAGGUGAUUCUAAAGCGGCAGCAGGAAGAGGUCAGCAAGCUGAUGCAGAUGCAGAAAAAUGCUGACUACAGAAGUUUCAGUGAGCUGGUAGAGAACUUCAAGAAGACCCUGCGGCACACUGACCCCAUGGUCCUGGAUGAUUUUGGCACCAGCCUGCCCUUCAUCGAUGUCUAUUUGUCCACUCUGGACAACCAGGACACUACGAUCUACAAGCUUCAGGAGCUGUACUACGAGAUCGCGCACGUGUUGAGCCUGAUGCUCGAAGACUUGCCGCAGAAGAAACAGUCCCAGUCCUCUGAAAAGGCUGAUGAGAAGUAGGGGGGGGGCGUGGGCACCCAGGCACCGAGGUGCCUCGCAAGCCGUGACAGGCCCUCGUUCAACACAGGCUUUCUGAAUUGCCCUCUCUGCAGUUGCUUAAGCUUGUGGUAUUUCCCAGCCGUGGGGGGUUGGGCCUGGGAAGAGCCCAUGAAGUCCGAUUGACUGCCCCCCCUCAACAUGAUACAGCCAGGCCUGGGGAGUAGGGGGAGGGAUACUCAAGACUUGCCCUUGGCCAGACGCCAUGUCCAGGGGCCACACUGGCUCUCUCCUCCCUUGACCCCAGCAGCGAGGACUCCCUGGGCUCCUGGGAAAGCCACCUGAGGACUCCAGACCAAGAAGGGCCUCCAGCAGCCCCAUAUGGCUCCUUUGAGCUGGGGUAGCCUCACUGAUCUUGGAACCUCUUAAAGCUGGGCUCCUCUUUGUGGGUGCCCCACCCCAGGCAGAGCAACAUUUCUCUCUAUGCACCUCCUCCCGUGGGGACCUGUCUUUGGAAGCUGACUGCUUUUCUCUAGGCUCACAGUGGUCGUGAUGCCCCAAAGGGUGCAGGGGGCACCUCCUAGAGGGGUCAAAGGAGCAGCAGUAUUGGGCACUUUGGGCUGUUGGUUAGUUAGGACUUUUCACUUGAAAGGUGGCAUUUUCGGUGUCAUUCCUGGCCACAUGGCUAGCAGAGUUGCGACACUCCCUUGAUCCGGCCAUGAUGGCAUCUUCUGAAGACACGGGGCGGGGCGGGCAGGGUUGGCUGACACCCCUUUGUCCCUGACUGGCCAGGCCAGAGGCCCUGCGGUGCCCCUCUGCUCCCACUGCUGGGGGCUGUUCUCGAGGCCCAUUCCUUUAGCAGGGCCCCAUCUGACAGAAGGAGGACGGAGUUCUGGGCAGAGCUUGGGCGGCGGGGGACACCAGCACCUACAGUUGAGGGAAAAAAAGCCCCAGACCCACAAUGGGGAGUUGGGUCAGCAGAAAACAUGGGGGGUAAAAUUGAGAGUGGUUGGACAAAGGGUCCCCUGUGUGGACCCACGGUCUCCGGGCACAGGUGACAACUCUUCCAAGGCCAUGGGACAAGGGCACUUGGAAACCUUUCCUCGUGUUUUUGUUCAUACAUCCAACUACUAUUUACUGAGCUGGGCCGGGUGCUGGGGGUGCUGUCAUGAAAACCCACAGUCCAGUUCUGGUCCUCUUGGGGCGCUCGGUUGUGUAGAGGAACCAGUAAUCCAGCCAGACUGGAUGAGAGAAAUUUCCCUAAGGAAGUGACAGUUGUUUGCACGCAGAGAGCACGUGUCUUCUAAGAGACUCAAAUCAUUGCCAUUUGCAAAUGUUCACACUCACAUCGUGUAAAAAUGCAGAGAAGUCUUGCUCUGGAGAGUGAGACCCGCCACCAUGUUAUCGGGGAGCCCUCCGAGGGCAGGGGUGAUAGCCUCGUUUCCCGAGGCGCAGAAAACUUCAUGCCAGUGCCCCUGUGGGGGGGGGGUGGCGGGGGUGGUGCUGAAGUAUGCAGGUUGUGGGUGCCCUUCGCGGAGCGGGGAGAGGCCCAGGGCUUUAUGCCUGUGGUGCCUGGCUGGGAAGGCUGGGGGCUUCCAUGGCCGCUCUGAGGGUGGAGCCCCCUCUGUAGGACAGGCCUCGGGGCCAGGGCUCUGGUCCAGGCGUGGGGCAAAGCAAACACGGCCGGCUGCUCGCACGGCUGUGGACGCUGUUGGCAUUGCUGUGUGCCUACGUUGCUCGGGAGGAUAUGAAAACACAUUCCCCCGCUCUCACCAGGAAUCCCAAGAAUUGCCUUAGGCCCCUGGAAGUGAACAAAAGAUUAAAAAAAAAAAAAAACUUGGACUCAGAGAGGUAAGUUGGAAAGUGCCACGGUUUUGGAGUGGGGAGGUCUGGAUUCCGUAACUGGGUGACCUUGGACAAGGUGCCACAUCUUCUGAAAACACAGCUAUUUCCUCUGAGAAAUGGGCUGAUAAAACUGACCCACUCUGAGGACCGAACGAAAUACAUGUGAGAGCGUGAAGAAAGCUGGAGGCAGCGGUGGCCGGAGCUUCCUUGCCGUCGGCUCUGCCUCUGCUGGGCGACCAGCCACGGCGGGCCAUGCUGGUCAGGGGCCGAGAAGGCCUGGGCCAGCCUCAGGGCGGCAGGGAGGACAGUAUGGCAUCGAGAGCGGGAAGCAGAGGUCAGGAACCGGUGUUGGGGGUGCGCGGUGAAGGGGUCUCCAUGGGGAGCUGGCACGGAACGACCUGGAACGCCUGGGUUCCCACAGGGAAGCCCCGGGCACGGGGCUCUGGGCCACGGUGGGGAGGGCCAGCUGCCUUUAAGGGCACAAGCAGUAGGCUGUCACUGAGCAGGGAGCUGGGAGAGGGUGAUGUGCAGAGGGCUGGCCCAGCGCUGGGGGCAGAACAAGCCAGCGGGUAUUUGGCGCAAAGUCCCAGAGCAGCAUUUCUGUUUGGCUCUAUUCGUCUGCAGAGCAAACAUUGACAGAUUGGAAUUCCCACUUGGGCUCUCACCAACUCAAACAGGCUUGGCCAUGACUUUCAAUUGAUUUGCUUGGGGCAGAAGUGCUCUGCCUGCCCAGGCCUGGCUGAGGAAAGCAGGACCCUUCUCACCAGCCCCCAGCCCUUGGGUCCAGCAGAGCUGUCCCCAGAUGGCUCUUUCCUCUCCAUCCUGUCAGCCUGGCGGUUUGGUAGCUGCACUGGGAUGCAGGGGACCUGGGCUUGAGUUUUUUGGUCACACUCAGGCCCUCCCCUAGCUCCUGUGGGAAGGAUCUGGAAUUCAAGGCUGGGGGUGUUUGGAAGGUGGCCGGAUUUUUUUCUUUUAAACUGCUUGUUGAUUCCACCAGCAGGAAGCAGUCCCUAUAUUAUGGCGAUCCAGGCAGUGAAGGAGAAUAUAAACUCUAUUUAUUCCAACAGCCCCUAGAAAUCCUACACAGAGAUGCUGAGAACUGCACACCUUGUGUUUCAUCAAAUGUGGGUGAGACAGAACACCUCCUAAUUCAAAGGGCCCUUUACUCAGUCAGACUUCGCUGUCAGUGGUCUCUCUCCCUAUUUUGGUCUCUGUCCCUGGCCCCAGCUUGCCUGGGCCUGCUCUCUUGGUUCACAGGCUCUCAAGAGAGAGGAUAGCUCUGAAUUCUUAAGUAGGCUGCCCAGAAGGGAGAGGCGAUGGCUGCCAAUACGAGUCCCAGGGCUUUGGAAAUGACGAGAUGGGGGCUAAAUAUGAUGGAGACAGAUUUACUACCGUGUGAGUGCCCCGCUCCUCCCCACAUUCCGCACCCCCCCACCCCCGGAGCUCUGUCUGUGCUGGUCAGCCCCACGCCUCACCAUCCCCGAGUUCUCUCUUUGAUUUUACUCUAGACUCUGGGUGACACAGUGCUGGGGGAGUGGGGGAGAGCCAGGAUGGGACAGGAGAGAGAGGAAAGAGGAGAAUUCGUGCUCUCUUGAUCUCCUCCGUGUUGGAGAGUCAGGGUAAUGGGCAAAACAGAGAGCAAAUGAGGAGACCAGUCAGUUUUGAUGGGUCUACAUAAUCAGGAGCUGGGACAGGGAGGGAAGAAGGAAGUAAAAGCCGAGGGCCAAGAGUCAGAGACUUUUAGACAGAGGUUCUGACCCAGAUGGAGUGUGAGGCUUGCAAAGGGGAGAAAUGGGGAUGACAGGUGUCCUUGGGGGGUGAGAACUGGGUCCUCACUGAUGUUCUUUGAGAGAGGCAAGUCAUGGUUGGAAUCAUUUAAAGAUGAUUUUUGGUUGCUGACUGUGCCUUUAAAAAAAAUGGAACCCCCUGAAUGGAUUUGACCACGUGGAAUCUGGAUUAUAUUCAGGUGGCCUAAAGAUCACACUGUAUAAUAGAGACCUCUCAGGCUAAAAUUGGGAAAUGUUAAGAGGGCUUUACAAACGACCACCUGAACCCCCAAAUGGGCUCAGAGGCCUGUAGGUGAAGCACCCCUGGGGGUGGUGGCACAAUGUGUGGCUGGCCUUUUGCAAAAUGAAACCAAAGUCUCAAAAGAAAGUGCAGAAGAAGCCGAAGGGGGAUGAAGAGUCUGUCCUAGAACUCUUGGGACACUGGGGACUGACCCCAUGCUCUGUACACUGGUGAUGGGACAAUGAUGUUCUCACAGCGGGGUCCCCCCCUGCCCCACAGUUCAGCACAUGUGGCCCUGGACUCCCUCCUUUCCCAGCGGUGCCUUGACACCUAGAAUGGUAGUCUGAGAUGAGAAGACCUCUUCACAAUUUGCCACUGGACCAGGGGAGGAUGUGUCCGAGCAGAGUUCAGGCCCAGGCUCCGAAGGUACAGUCCGUUCUCGUUGCUGACAGUGGAAACACCACCUUCUGUUUUGUCGGCAUUUCUGCCUGCGAGAUACUUUCACAUACAUGAUCUGAAUCAUGUCAUGACACUUAGGUAUUUUUCAUGAUUCCCAUUAAACAGGCGGUAAAACUGAGGUUUGGAAAGGUGAUGGAGCCCCCAGGUCUGUACAACUAAGGAGGAAGAGCCAGGAUUCGCAGCCAUGCAGUGUGGCUUUUGCUCUCCCACAAAGCUGUGCACCGAUCUUGUAAGGAAUUGUUAGCUCCAUUUUACAGGUGGGUAAGCAGGCACCCACAGGGACCAUCACUUGGCCAGGAUCAUCAUUAAAGGGCCGAGUCAGGAUUUGAAUGCAGGCCAUACAUGUACCCACUGCUCUACAGCCUCCCAGUGACCUUGGUCUUUCUUUUCAGAGCUAUUUUUUGAACGUUAGAACUCAAGCCCUGAAUGCCUUCCGAGCAGGCCCCGAGUCUGCAGUCUGUUGACCCAGUGUCCACUGGCUUGGCUCUGGGAGCCUCAGAGAUGGAGAGCACAGCAAGAAGCAAUCGGUGCACACGGAUGGGUUGUGACUACAGUGCCUAAUCAGGAAAUUACAGCCUGGGCAGCAGAGGGUUUGGCUUAGAAGUCACCCUUCCGUGGGUUUCAGUGAAGCCAGCCCGCAUGGAGGCUUGGCUGGCAGAAGGGAUGUGCUGGGCAGGUGUGAGCUCGGCAGGCAGGAUAAGCCAGCCUUGUCAGUGCUGUGCCCAUACCCAGAAAGUUGGUCUUUCAGGUGGUGACCUUGAGGUCGGUCCUUUCUGGCUCUCUGCCUGCCUCUGCACCCAUAGGUAACUCAUCAGCAAGGGUAGAAGCUGUGGGCACCCAAAGGGGGCACUUUGUGAGUCUCUUGGCUUGAGUAGCUGGCUUUUCCCCUGACCCUGGAAUGAGCAUGCAGAAAAGGAGUGGAAAUUGGCAGAUGGGAAAAGCCAGUGGUAGAACUGUACGUACAUGACACCCUCUGUAUUUUUUUUUUUUUUUUGGAAGAGGAGAAAUAAAUAAAACCACAUAUACAAAGUG